ACAUAAAUAUAUAGAAAUUGCUAAAAUUUUCCUAAAAUGAGCGGCUGGAAGCAGUAUCUGGCUGGUGUUGCAGCAGCUUUUGGUGCAUUCUGCCUGGGCGCCAGCAUCGGAUGGUCGGGACCUGUUGAGAAAGAAGUUAGGGGAGGGGGCGCAUACAAAUUCACGCCCUCCUCCGCGGAAUGGGGAUGGAUCUCAUCGCUGUUGACCUUGGGAGCUGCCGCAUCCUGCAUCCCUGCUGGAGUUCUAAUUGGCAUUUUUGGACGCAAGAUCACGAUGCUGGGCCUGGCACCCCCCUUCUUCAUCGGCUGGCUGCUAAUCAUCUUUGCCCAGAAAGCCUUUAUGCUGAUGAUUGGCCGCUUCAUUGUCGGAUUCUGUGGCGGAGCCUUCUGCAUCACGGCUCCCAUGUACAACACGGAGAUCGCCGAGCUGAGCAAGCGCGGAAUCAUGGGCUGCUUCUUCCAGUUGCUGAUCGUCCACGGCGUACUCUACGGCUUCAUCGUGGGCGCCUACGCCAAAGUUAAGAUGAUGAACAUACUCUGCGGUAUCUUGCCCAUCAUCUUCUUUGUGCUAUUCAUUUGGAUGCCGGAGUCUCCGGUCUAUCUGGCACAGAAGGGCAAGAACGACAAAGCGGAGAAGUCGCUGAAGUUUCUCCGCGGCAAGGAUGCCGACGUCAGUGCAGAAUCCAAUCAAAUGGCAAGCGAAGGCAAUAAGGAGAAAGUCAAGCCAAUGCAAGCCCUCUGUCGCAAGAACACUCUCAAAAGUCUGGGCAUCUCGAUGAUGCUGAUGGUGUUUCAGCAGGUAACCGGCAUCAAUGCCAUCAUCUUCUACUCCACUGGGAUAUUCACAGAUGCCGGAACUGGAUUUUCGCCCGCAAUCUCCACGAUUAUCAUCGGGGUGGUUAUGGUUAUUGCAACUAUUGUCUCCAUCAUGCUUAUCGACAGAGUGGGCCGCAAGAUUCUGCUGCUCGUCUCAGCGGCCCUUAUGUUCGUGACUACCUUGAUCAUGGCCGUUUACUUCCAGUGGCUGUUGAAAAAAAAUGUCGGCUGGCUGCCCGUGCUUGCUGUUUGCGUCUUCAUCAGUGGAUUCUCCUUUGGAUUUGGACCAGUUCCAUGGCUGCUGAUGGCCGAACUGUUCGCCGAGGAUGCCAAGCCCGUGGCCGGAGCCAUUGCGGGCACUACCAACUGGAUGUGCGCCUUCAUUGUGACUUUGGCCUUUCCACUGAUCAAGGACGGAUUUGGUGCUGCUGCCUGCUUCUGGAUCUUUGCCGCCGUCUCCUUCGCCGCCAUCAUUUUCGUUAUGUUCCUGGUGCCCGAGACGAAGGGAAAGACUCUGAACGAGAUUCAAGGAAUGAUCGCUGGCGGCAAAAAGGACUAGGGAAUGCAUCCCAAUAUAUUCGUUAUUUGUUUAUUAAAUGAAAUACUAGUAUGGUA